AUGGACACAGCAAUAUCGCUCGCGGGAAAGGACUUUGUUCUAAGCGCAGCCGACGUGACAGCUGCACGCUCGAUCGUGGUCAUGAAGGAGGACCAGGACAAGAUCCAAGAGCUGGAUCGUUUUCGGCUUCUGAGCGCUGGCGGUGACCUCGGUGAUGUGGCACAGUUCACCGAGUACAUCCAGCGUAACGUGCACCUCUAUGAGCUCCGAGCGGGAACGUCGCUGAGUACCCGCCAGAUCGCCCAUUUUAUUCGUGGAGAGUUGGCGCGUGCCCUGCGCGAGCGUCCCUACGAAAUCAACCUGAUCCUUGGAGGCUACGACCAGGGCGAAGGUACGUCACUAUAUUAUAUUGACUAUUUAGGGAGCUUACACAUGAUGAAAUACACAGCUCAAGGCUAUGCAGCAUAUUUUGUGUUGAGCACGCUCGACAGACUCUAUCGCCCGAACAUGAACCUGGAGGAAGCGCUUGAGGUCUUACGUGCGUGCUUGGAUGAAAUGGGUCGACGUUUUCUCUUAAAACAGCGCCACUUCAUGGUCAAAAUAGCGGAUGAGCGUGGUGUACGCGUACUAGAAAAUGCCUUCGUCGAUGCAUCUGGAACGCCAACGUCGUCGGUGACAGGGGCGGCAGCGGCAGCCGCUACUUCUUGA